GUAAGUGCAUCAGGUUCAGGUCAACAAUGUUGUUAUAAAGGUGAUUCACUGUUGGUUGGACCUCCUGGUGGUGGUACAUUUGACAUCGUAUUUCCAGAAAAGAGCCUUCUGGGUCACCUAAGCCGAGAUGUGCUACCUUGGUUAGCAUGCUGUAAACUUUCUUUCUUUGACAACUGUGGUAAAUACUAUGAUGGAAGACCUUCCGAUGAUGGUUCAAGAUUCAUACCUCAACCAACUGCUGGUACCAGAGGUGAUCCUCAUUUAUCCACAUUUGACGGAACGUUCUACACAUUCAACGGUUAUGGUGAAUACGUCCUUCUCAAAGUCAACAAUGGCUUGGAUCUCGAGUUUCAAGGAAGAAUGGUACCCAUACUUGAUGACCACGGACGAACAACAAGAGCAACAGCCCUCACAGCAUUUGUCAUCAAGGGAGCAACGAGUGAUACGGUGCAGUUCGAGUUUAACAGACGGCGCAGCAUAGACGUGUUAGUCAAUGGUGAACGUGUCGAAUUUGAUGAACAAACAAGAUUAGACUUCACUGGUGUCUUCAUUGUUAAACAAAAUCAGUCAAAAUUUGGUACAUACUUCGCAUCAGGAGUAGCUAUUGUGGUCACAUCUGUAGAAGAUUUUCUUACUUAUCAAAUUUCAGUACCAUUAAGAUUCAAAGGAAGAACUGCUGGUCUUCUUGGAUUUUGGAACGAUGACAAAGAUCUAGAAUUUUUAUUGCCUGAUGGCAGUUUCAUUGAUACAAAUUCAAGUUAUCGAACAAUUCACCACGAGUUUGGCCAGAAAUGGAUUGUGGACAGAAGCAAGACUCUUUUCGCGUACCAUGUCGGAAAAAGUUACGACAGUUAUUUUACUCCCAACUUCAUUCCGGCCUUUCUUGACGAGACAAACUCAUUGUUUUCGAGUUUUACUUUGGAGCAAGAAGCAAGGAGUGUAUGCGGGGCGAAUGAGGAAUGUUUGUACGAUAUUGCUGUAACUGGUAAAAGAGAUAUUGGUGAGGCGACGUUGGAAUCCUUUAAUGAAAUACAGAAACGAACAAAUGCGUCGAAACUUGUUGCGAAGCGGAUUUUCUUUGGUUGUGAUGGAGUCGAGAACAGCGGAAAGAAAGUAGAUUUUUGUGGUGAUUGUGGAGGAGACAACUCAUCGUGCACAGAUUGUGAAGGUCGCAUCAAACCUGGCUUUCUUAACAAUGAAACAUGUGGUUCCUAUCUGCCCUGGAGUCAAUGGAGUGUUUGCAUCGGCGCAGAUGCAAAAGUAACGAGGGAGCGAAAUAGAACAUGUUCGAAAAAAGGACAUUGUCUGCAUUUAGGUCAAAAUAUGGAACAAGAAAUAUGCAAGACCAGUGAGGAUAACGGUAAAAAGACCAUGGCGGUCAACAUGGCAUAUGUACCAAAAUCUGAAUCCGGGACGAAAGUCCUGAAAAUGACCGCACCCAGAAACGCCAUAGUCGACAUAGCUCUAAAUCUUGAAUUACCAAAGCCACAGUCUUUCUAA